UCUGUUAUUCAAUUAUCUGGCAAUUUAUGUCAACAGUUGUGAAGUGCCAAGGUCGCUGGAAGGACCUAAGGGACCAAUUUUCAAAAAAAGUUCAACCACGGAGUGGAUCAGCAGCAGGACCCCAAAAGGAGUGGAAAUACUCCCAAGCCCUUUCUUUCCUUGUUCCCCACCUUCAACCCAGGAGCUCUAGAAGCAGCCUAGACCAGGUUGAUGUUGAAGAUUGGGAGGCAUUGGACCUGAGCCAUGGAGAGGAUGUGCGGGAUGAAAACGACCAACACUCCCAACCAGAUCAACAUUUUCAACCUGGUUCUUCAACCAGCAGGCCCUACAACAGACCUGCCGCGCGCAAGAGGGCCUCAGCACCUGCAGUGUCGUUGGAGGAUAGGCUGCUGGCUAUGGUACAGGAGCCUCCACAACCGAUGUUUCUUCGUGUGCCACAGGAAGAGGAUGAGAUGUUACAUUUUGCCCUCAGUCUGGUACCAUUGCUGAAUAAAUUAAGUGGCUGGGGUAAAUUAAGGGCAAAAAUUGCCCUGUUAGAAUGUCUCCAGGGUGUCCAUGACCUGGACCAAGGGCACCGGCAGGUGCAGAUGCAGGGCCCUGGUCUAAUGAGGCCAUGGGAUCAGACAUCCCAGCCAUCCCACCAGAGCCACCCGAGCCACCCAUUGUAUGCACCACCCUGGCAUGCACAGGUGCAGAUGUGGUACAGACCAAGAAGGUGA